UAUCUGUGUGCGUGUCUGUAAAACAGGCCUCGACUUGUCGCUUCUCCUGCACUUCGAGUUCCAACUGAACUCCUCUCCGUAAAACAAGUCCCAGCAGACUUGCCCUAACCUGGUCAUAACCUGGUAUUCACUGCGUCCACGGCGUGUUGUUGUCUGCCGCCAGUUACCGUCGUCCCAGUACCCGGGCCGGCCCACCGACCAAGAUGGCAACCACCGCGUCCCUUCUGCCGACCUUCCCGCGGAUCUUCUUUCUCUACCUCGAGCCGGUCGCCAUAACCUACGGCAUUAUCCAGAGCUACGCGUCGCGGCACGCCGUCUUCGAGCUCUCGUCCGCCGCGUCGGGAGGCGGCGGGGGCGGCGGGGGGGCGGGCGCGCUCCCGGUGCCGUCGCUGACGCCGCCGGCGAUGGCGUCGGGCUACCUGCUCGUCAUGCUGCUGUACGGGCUGGCGGUGCUGCUGGCGUCGCCGCCGAGCCCGCGCCUGCUGCGCCUGCACAUCGGCAUCCUCAUCGUCGCCGACCUCGCCCACUGGGCCGCCCUCGCCGCCACCCUCGCCCAGUCCGACCCCCGCGGCUGGCCCGCCGUCCUCGACACUGCCGCCUGGUCCCCCGCCCUCUGGAACCUCGCUACCUACCCCGUCUACACCCUCGCCAUCAAGUUCGCCACCCUCGCCGGCUGGUUCGGCAAGAUCGGUGGCUGA